AUGACGAUACUAGAAAGAAAAAACGCCGCCACAUUCUUACAAUACACAACUGUUCGACCGUUUAUUUUUAUGGGCUCGAGCUUUAAAUGCUUUUACUGUCUCCAAUAUUAUUGGGACUUGGCUAAUCUAAUGGAGCAUACCUCGACUCACGAUGUUCCCAAUAGAGAUGCUAUUUUAGACAAAUAUGUACAUAAAGGUAAACGUACCGUACAAGUGGAUAUAUCGCAAUUAAAAUGCCGGUUAUGUAACCAAAAGUUUCCAAACUUGGAAAAAAUUCGUGAACAUUUGAAAAUGGAACAUAAAAAACGUUUCUUUUCGGCCAGUAACGGAAUGACAGAAUAUAUUAUGGAGGUUGCAAACGGCUGUUUUGUUUGCCACAUCUGUAAUGAGAACUUCAACGCCUUUAGGUAUUUGAAUUCGCAUAUGAAUAGACAUGUGGGCAAAGUCGUGUGUGAGAGCUGUGGAGCGGGAUUCUUCAACCAAUAUUUGUUAAUAAAGCAUAAAGAAACUCAUUUGAAUACUACCAUAAAUUGUCAGUUGUGCGAAAAAGUUUUUAUUAGAAAAGGUCAAUUGAGAUAUCAUAUGGAAAUAGUGCAUAGGGGAAAACAAAGAGUGAAAUUAAAAAAGUGUGCCCUAUGCACUGAAACAUUUAAAGAGCAUUACAGUAAAUUGGUUCACAUGAAAAAUAUUCAUGGAGUAUCUCAAAUGUUUUCCUGUUACAUAUGCAAAAAUAACUUUAAAUCGCGACGAGCUUUGACUGCACAUACCACGGAGACGCACACAGAGAAGUUUAAAUGUGAAAUUUGCUGUAGAUGUUUUAGCAUCGAGUCAAAAUUAAAACAGCACAUUCGAGCGCACACUAGGGAAAAAAACUUCACGUGCCCAAUAUGUCAAAAUAGUUACGUGCAAAAAAAGUCGAUGAGAGAACAUAUGAAAAAAUCACACCGUGUCCACCCGGAUGGAUUAGCUACUAACAACUUC